AUGCGGCCGUCCCGCGCGGCCUGGCUGCUAGGCGCUUCCCUGCUGCUGGGCGCGAUUCUACUUUGGAUGCAUCAGCUUCCUAGCAAGCUCUCAUAUUCCAGACAGGACGUGCUUGCUUCAAAAGGAAUAAACGCGUACAACGUACGGCAGCAAGGUGAUGCAGCCACACCUCGCAGCGGCGAUCAGGCACACCAUCUACCUCCUGGCGCAAAGCAACGGGGCCCGGUCGAGGGUAGCUACCAUCGCUGGCUGGGAGCAAGCAACCUCACCGUCUUUACCGUUCUGCGUGACGUACCGUCCCGCGAGCAACCCGCGCCGGAGGCUACGCCCCGCGAUGCCUUUCACGCCUUCCUUGAGUUUAACAAGGCGUCGGCCCUUGCCGUACCCUCUUGGCUUGCCCUCACACUCAGUGUCAUCGCCUUUGGCACCGACACCACAUGCAUGGCCUGGGCGUUGGCACUUGGACCCUUGCUUGACCAUCCCGGGCAGUUUCGCUGCGAGCCCUUUCCUUGCCUGCAUGAGAACGUACCCACCGUCGACUGCAUCUUCCAACGCGCGCGCACUGUGCUCAUGCUGUCUGCUAUGCCACACCCUGUCGCCUGUCCUGCAACGACGCGCCAGGUGGCCAAGACAGCCUUCUUGAUCUAUGUCAACUCUGAUAUCAUCCUCACUUCCGACAUCUUGUCAAGCCUCACAAAAGUACACACAUCACUGGCGCCCGACCAACACGCUCUGAUGGUCGGCCGCCGUCACGAUCUCGACCCUCAUGAAGCGUCAGCUGCUGUGCACAUCUUGGAUCACAUGCGUGCGGCUGAGCGGCAAGCUCUGCACAAUGUGGGGAAUCUAGGCGUGCCCUGGCAGUCAGCCUAUCUGCAUGCGUGGGAUGGCCUUCGUCAGCUGACACACGCCCACGAUCGCAACGGCAUUGACUAUUUCAUGUUUCCCCAAACGCUCGACCUGCGCACUGCCACACUGGAACUGCCCAAUACUGUAUGGAUGGGACGUUUGGACGAGACAGAGUUGCUCCUGCGACCGAACUCAGUGCUUAUCGCGCAAAAUGACGCUCCACAGCAUCGCAAGCUGGGUCAUCUCAACAUCCGCACCAGCCUUGAAUUCUGGGCCAAGGACAAGAACCCGAUUGUAUCCAAAACUUGUCCCGAGUGUGCGCUUGUGUACAACACGCCGUCGCUGGAGAGCUGCCUUUAUCAGCGCCAUGUCUUGCUCGAGCGCAAGCGCACCGUGCUCCUCGUUCCUCUUGAACGUAUGGGUCAGGCGGUUGAUGCAUAUCACUGGCAUUGCCGGUUCACGGCUGGUGUAGCUCAGCCCAAUCACCUCUUUGUAACGAUGAACCCGGGCAUUUAUAAGCUGCUCCUUGACAUGGGUCUGCCUGUGUCCCUUUUUCAGGCAAAGGCAAUGCACGACAACCCAGGCAUCGCGUUUGCUGCCGCAGUGGUGGAAAUGCUUUCCAAGGUGGUUUACUACGGCUACAACGUGGCCCUCGUCUCGCUCGAGCUCCGAAUGCAAGUGUCGCUCGAGGCCACGCUUGCCAAGUUGGGUGCUGCUUCGAUCUCGGCCACGACUUUGCCCGACGUCUUCAUAAGCAGCGCGCAGGAGAGCUUGUAUCUCAUUUGGAUCAAGAGUCGGCGCACAACCUACACGUUGGUGGCCGAGUUGUUGAACGAGGUGCUCAACUUGCGCACGAUCACCAAUACGUGGGAACUAUUGUUGGAACUGCUGGAUAUUUUAUCAGCCCAAGCGAAGCGAAAGAACCUUGCCAUCAGGCAACAAGCGCAUGAGAAAACCCGUGCCUGUUCAACGCCACCCAAUGAGCCACUUCUUUCACAUUUGGACGUGCUAUUCGAAGAUAUCGUCGAUGCUGCCGUGCCAUUCUACAAACCAGCACUUCAAGCCCGUCCGCACCAAUUUUGCGAGGCCGAGAUGGAGGCGAAAGCAUUGGCGCCAGGUAUCGAGUUUUGUGCCCGUCAUGGUGGAGAGAAUGCAGUGUUUCAUCUUUGA